CUCCGGACUCGCUUUCCCAGCGUUCCCUGCGGGGCAAAGAGGAAGAGGAUUGAGCGGGAAGUGUGACGUCAUCGCGUCACUUCCGCUUCCGCCUUUCGGCGCUUCCUGCCCGGCGGCUCCGCGCGCGCGGCGAGUUCGGCUGCCCCGCCCCCCCUGUCGCGAUCAUGUCGCGAUUCUUCACCACCGGCUCCGACUCCGAGUCGGAAUCGUCGGCGUCGGGAGAGGAGAGCGCCCCCAAAACCGCGGGGGGGCCUACAGCAAGUGGGCCGCUGCUGCUGAGCGAGGAUGAGGAGGACACGAAACGCGUGGUGAGGAGCGCCCGCGACAAGAGGUACGAGGAGCUCACCAACCUGAUCCGCUCCAUCCGCAACGCCAUGAAGAUCCGCGACGUCAGCCGCUGCCUCGAGGAAUUUGAGCUGCUGGGCCGGGCCUGGGCCAAGGCCAAGGGCGUGGUGGAUCGGGAUGGGGUCCCCAGGUUCUACCUGCGCAUCCUGGCCGACCUGGAGGAUUACCUGAACGAGCUCUGGGAGGACAAGGAGGGGAAGAAGAAAAUGAACAAAAACAACGCCAAGGCCUUGAGCUCCCUGAGACAAAAACUGCGGAAAUACAACCGGGACUACGAGGGGCAGAUCGCAGCCUACAGACAGAACCCGGAGCAGUCGGACGAGGAUGAGGAGAAAAGCCGGAGAGACUCGGAAGGUUCUGCCUCAUCCUCGGGGGCCGAGGACGAUCCCGGGAAUUUCCUGAAGCGCCGGGACCGGGACGAGCCCCGGAGCCGCUACAAAGAGGAGGAGUCGGAAUCGGAGUCGGAGUCAGACGAGGAUUGGGGGGAUUCGGCCUCGGAGUCGGACUCGGAGUCGGACGAAGACGACGGAAAAUUCACCUCCCUGGCCUCGAAAUUCCUGAAAAAGGACGAGGAGCGGCGCGGGGCCGAGCGGCGCCGAGAGGAAAAGGCCAAGAAGAAGCUGGAGAGGAAGAGCCGGCGCGAGGAGGAGGAGGAGGAGGAGGAAGGAGGGGAGUGGGAGAAGGUCAAGGGCGGCGUCCCCCUCAUCAAGGAGAAGCCCAAGAUGUUCGCGAAGGGCACCGAGAUCACCGUGGGGCUCGUGGUGAAGAAACUCAACGAGAUCCUGCAGGCCCGCGGCAAGAAGGGCACGGACAGGGCGGCGCAGAUCGAGCUGCUGCAGCACCUGGUGGCCGUGGCCCACGAGCACAACCUGGGGGUGCCCCUGGAGCUGAAAAUCAAAUUCAACAUCGUGGCCUCGCUCUACGACUACAACCCCAACCUGGCCGCCUACAUGAAGCCCGAGCUGUGGCAGAAGUGCCUGGGCUGCAUCGAGGAGCUGCUGGAGCUGCUUUUCGCCCACCCCGAAAUUUUCGUCGGCGAAAACGUCCUGGAGGAGUCCGAGAACCUGAGCAACCCCGAGCAGCCCUUCCGUGUCCGCGGCUGCGUCCUGACCCUGGUGGAGCGAAUGGACGAGGAGUUCACCAAGAUCAUGCAGAACACGGACCCACACUCGCAAGAGUACGUGGAGCACCUGAAGGACGAGGGCCGCGUCUGCGCCAUCAUCGCGCGGCUGCAGCGUUACCUGCAGGGCAAGGGCAGCCCCGAGGAGCUGUGCCGCGUUUACCUGCGCCGCGUCCUCCACACCUACUACAAGUUCGACUACGGCGCCGCCCGCAGGAAGGGCGGGGCCGGGCAGGUGAAGGAGGAGGAGGAGGGGCAGGAGAAGGAGGACGGGCAGGUGAAGGAGGAGGGGCAGGUGAAGGAGGAGGAGGAAGAGGAGGAGGACUCGGAGGCGCUGAUGGAGAGGUUGUGCAGGUUCGUGUACGCCAAGGACCGCACAGACCGGAUCCGCACCUGCGCCAUCCUGUGCCACAUUUACCACCACGCCCUGCACAGCCGCUGGUACCGCGCCCGCGACCUGAUGCUGAUGUCACACCUGCAGGACAACAUCCAGCACGCUGACCCACCUGUGCAGAUCCUGUACAACCGCACCAUGGUCCAGCUGGGGAUCUGCGCCUUCCGGCAGGGUCUGAUCAAGGACGCUCACAACGCCCUCCUGGACAUCCAGUCCUCGGGCCGGGCCAAGGAGCUGCUGGGCCAGGGGCUGCUCCUGCGCAGCCUCCAGGAGCGCAACGCCGAGCAGGAGAAGGUGGAGAAGCGCCGCCAGGUGCCCUUCCACAUGCACGUCAACCUGGAGCUCCUCGAGUGCGUCUACCUGGUGGCGGCCAUGCUGCUGGAGAUCCCCUACAUGGCGGCGCACGAGUUCGACGCCCGCCGCAGGAUGAUCAGCAAGCAGUUCCACCACCAGCUGAGGGUGGGGGAGAGGCAGCCGCUGCUGGGGCCCCCCGAGUCCAUGCGGGAGCACGUGGUGGCCGCGUCCAAGGCGAUGAAGACGGGGGACUGGCGCCGCUGCCAUCGCUUCGUGGUCAACGAGAAAAUGAACGGCAAAGUCUGGGACCUGUUCCCCGAGGCCGAGCAGGUGCGCGCCAUGCUGGUCAGGAAGAUCCAGGAGGAAUCCCUCCGCACGUACCUGUUCACCUACAGCAGCGUCUACGACUCCAUCAGCAUGGAGACGCUGGCGGCCAUGUUUGAGCUGGACCUGCCCACGGUGCACGGAAUCAUCAGCAAAAUGAUCAUCAACGAGGAGCUGAUGGCCUCGCUGGACCAGCCCACGGCCACGGUGAUGAUGCACCGCACCGAGCCCACGGCCACGCAGAACCUGGCGCUGCAGCUGGCGGAGAAACUCGGCAACCUGGUGGAGAACAACGAGCGCGUGCUGGACCAGCGGCAGGGAGCCUACGGAGGCUACUUCAGAGAUCAGAAAGAUGGCGGAUACCGCAAAGGUGACGGUUACCUGCGGCGCGGCGGCUUCCGGCAGGAGCGCGGCAACUACUGAGGCUCACCUGCGCCACGGCGGGACCCUCACCUGUCCAGGGACCCCCUCAC